UCAAAUUCUCUCCCGUUCAGUUCUUCCCCUCCAAAGUGGAAAAUGGAAUUUCCAAUAAAAAAUGACCUCCCAUAGUCCCAUACACAGACCCAUUCUUUCUCAGUCUUCAAAUAUGCUAUCAUAUACCUGCCCCGUAGCAGAGUGAAUAAAACAAUUUGUAUUUGUCUUCUUACAUAUCCCUGUCAUCUGCUUCUCCAAAUAUUGUCUUUCAGGGGGUUCAGAAAAUGAAUUUUGGGGAUUAUGGCAAACAGAUCACCUCAGUUGGGCCAUGGGGAGGUCAAGGUGGAUCUCACUGGCAUGAUGGAGCGUAUUCCACCAUACGCCAAUUGGAGAUAGCUCAUGGAGCAGGCAUUGACUCCAUCACAAUAGAAUAUGAUAAAAAUGGAUCCUCAGUUUGGUCAGACAAGCAUGGUGGUAAUGGAGGUGCUCAAAUUGAUCAGGUUAGACUUGAUUAUCCAGAUGAGUUUCUGACCUCUCUUCAUGGAUAUUAUGGUAGCCUGCAAGAAUGGGGGCCUGCCAUCGUGCGAUCACUUACAUUUGAGAGCAAUAAAAGGGUAUAUGGACCUUUUGGUGUGAGAGAGGGGACAUAUUUUUCUGUGCCAAUCACUUCUGGAGGAAAAAUCAUUGGUUUCCAUGGAAAAAGUGGCUGGUUUCUUGAUUCCAUUGGAGCUUUUGUAGAGCCAAUUCAAAAGCCUUUGUCAGCAAAAACCAUUGUCCAUUCUCAACAGUCUGUAAUCCAGGGAAGUGAGAAAUACGAGUACUCGAUGAUUCAGGGGAAUCUUGGUAACAACCAUGAAUUCAUUUUUGCUGUGAAGCAGAAGGAAGAUUACAACUCCAAUGAAUCCUAUUCUAUGUCGAGGCAAAGUUCUAAAUCCUCAAAUUUCAGUUAUGCAGACCCAGAGAACAAGGUUCCUGUUGCUCUCCUUGGACCAGUUGAAAGGGUACCUUCAAAGACAUUUAAAGGUGUCGUUACAUAUGGACCCUGGGGUGGUAGCAGUGGCUAUGCUUUCGAUGAUGGAAUCUAUGAUGGUGUUCGGCAAAUUCAUGUAUCCCGUAAUGUGGGGAUUGUGUCAAUCAGAGUUUGCUAUGAGCAAAAUGGACUACCUAUCUGGGGUAGCAAAAAUGGUGGCACUGGAUCUUUUAAAACUGACAGGAUCGUUUUUGAUUAUCCAUCCGAGAUCUUAACUCAUAUAACUGGUUAUUAUGGCCCUUUAAUGUACAUGGGGCCUAAUGUUAUAAGAUCUCUCAUGUUCCAUACUACAAAGGGAGUAUAUGGUCCCUUUGGAGAACAAGUAGGAGAAAAGUUCACUACAAGGUUGAAACAAGGAAUGAUCGUUGGCUUUCACGGGAGGAAGGGAUUAUUUCUUGAUGCAAUUGGUGUACACAUGCUGGAAGGGAAAGUAUUCACACCACCACCCACUUCCCCAGCAUCCAACGCCAUUAUUAACCUCAACGAAGUAUCAACACCUGAGGCUGAAACUCCCAAGUGGUCUUUUAAACUAGGAAACCGAGGAUUUGCCCCAGAGGUAGCACAACGGGUUGUGAAAGACCCCGCCCCAUACGGACCAGGUCCAUGGGGUGGGGAUAGUGGGAAACCAUGGGAUGAUGGAGUUUUCACUGGGAUUAAACAGGUUAUCCUGACGAGAUCAGAAGAGGCAGUCUGCUGUAUUGAAAUCGAGUAUGAUCGAUAUGGGCAAUCUGUUUGGUCAGUGAAGCAUGGUGGCGGUAAUGGUGGAGAAAUAAUAAACGCGGUGAAAUUGGAGUAUCCUAAUGAAGUACUAUCUUGCAUAAGUGGGUACCAUGCACCUAUCAACCAUGGCAUGAAUGUGAUCAAAUCUUUAACAUUCCACACAACCAGAAGGAAGAUUGGGCCCUUUGGUAAGGAAAUGGGAACAUAUUUUACAUCAAACAUGACAGAAGGAAAGGUUGUCGGCUUCCAUGGGAGGAGUGGAAUUUACCUGGAUGCCAUUGGAGUCCAUAUGCAACACUGGCUGGGAAAUCACAGAACUUCCAAGGGGUUAUCUCUUAAGAAACUCUUCCAUUAAUUAAUUUUUAUUUCUUCAAAUUCAUAAAAUGAUAAAUAAAUGCAUUGUUCACUGAUAAUUUGAUAUAUAUAUUGAGAACCCUUUGGGAAAUAAAAUUGAGUUUUUUUAUACA